AUGUCUGAGCAUGACUACGCCGUCCCGCGCUCUCCUCUCCCUUUCCCUCCGCCUCCUCCACCACCGCUAGCCCCGCCCUCGCCGCGCCCAGGCCAGACGCAGGCACAGCAGACGUCUCCGCUCAGGCGCAUCGCUGUGCAACCUCCCAUCAUAACGACCGCCCUGGCAUUGCCGCACGGAGGCUCCUAUCUGCAUGGCCAAACACCUGCGAGCGCGUCGACCUUAAGCGUGCCCUUCUCGCCCUACGCGCCCCCGCCCUCGUCGCCGUAUACUGCCUCUCCGGUGCCCUCCUCCCCGAUGGCAAUGAGGCAUACCCCCUCGGUCCCGUACAAUCCUCAGCAAUGGAGUCGCAGCGGGCCGGUGAGCGGGCAGUAUGUCCCCCACUCGGCGACGCACACGCCGGUAGCAACGAGUCGGCCAGGUGAUGUUACGGGAAUGGAAGCAACGAUGCCUUCCCCUCCCCCUCCCUACUCCCCAGGGCAGAACCAGAACAUAUCGCAGAACCUGGGUUCGUCGCCGCACAUGUCCGGUGCUGCUUUCACCCCGAACCCACCUCCACCUCCCCCCCCGACCUCGCAUCCAGCCGAAUAUGUCCCUUCCCCCUCGUCUAGGUCGAGACCGGUAUCAGGUUUCCACAGUCGGCCGUCGUCCAUUAUCGCCCCUCCGAGCGCAUCGAGCAUAACGUCGAACCCUCAGUUUCCACCGCCGCCUCCUGGGAAACGUUCAACGUCGCGCGAGAAACUGGCUUCCAAGUUUAGUCUGUCAUCGUUCCGGAACAGGAGCAAUGAAAGUCCUGGGCCAAGCAAUAUUGAGGCGUUACGCAUCUGCACGACCGAAGCCAUCCAGCGUGCCCCAGCAUCGCCGGGUAUUGUUGGUCCGCGUGCUUCUCAGCAUUUCAUGUCUUCUGCCUUUCAGGAGCGGCGAUGGAGCCCAGAGACGCAUUCGCCUGUCCGACCACCGGGCGCUCGGCGAGCCGCAUCAACUGGGAUGCUUGAUUCAGAGUCUCGGACACCAGUCGACAACUCGCCGACUCCUGCGCAGGCUACUUGGGAGUCAGGCAUGCCCUUGCCCCCUCCCCCUCCUGGUCCUCCUCCAACUGGUUCAAGAUCUCAGAGCCUGGGACGUGGGAUGGAUGCAAAUGCGAAUCGACAGACCGUGAUUCUGCCUGCCCCACCAACCCGUCGACCGGGCCAGCCCGCUUUGACCCCAAUUCCUCCAACUCCCUUUGGUUGGGAAGAGGAGCAAGCACGCAAUCGAUCAAAAUCUCCUGCUGCUCGAGGGCUCCAGAUAGACACCAGCCCGCAAACCAUUCAGGUGCCGGAGCAGUCCAUUCAUGCUGCAGAGGGUGAAAAUGUCUCCAUUGCGUCCGGACCAACUGCAUCGACAUCGCAGUCGAAUAGUACCCUGUACCGCAAUCCGCAGCGGGAUGAGAGCGCUCGGGGAAUCCGUGAACGUCGGAGCGAGAGUCGUGCCGCUCGUGAACGUGCUGAACCUAGCAACAACCCAUGGGCUCAAGAUAUGGAGGCGGCUGCCACCAAGCCUGCAGAUCUGGUUUUGGGAAGCCCGGAAGGUGGCCUUACAAGGCGUGGAGCGGUCACCAAGCACACGCCUCGCAGCGGUGGAGGAGUUAUUCGCUCGCCUAGAAACGCGCUGCUCGCCGAAGAGCCUGGUUCUUCCACCUCUACUCCCCGCACCGACUCUUAUCGAAGAGUUGCAUCCGGCUCCGCCCCGACGCCGCCUUUCUCCCCAGGUACGGAUAGUUUUGAUCAUCGUCACAGUCAGAAGCUUCCAACGUCAUUUCCUCCUAAAGCUCUUCCUACUCCACCUAUACGUCAUCAUGGCGAGGACCGUGGUUCAGCCCUGACUAACAGCUCAGGGGCCCGAGAUCGAUCGACAUCGCAGACGUCUGCUCUCUCGGACUCUAGGCCCGAGCAAUCCCUUUCUAGCACACCGAGACCGGCCGAACGUAAUGUGUUUGCUCAAGCAGCGAUAGAACGCCAUCUUCAGUUCAUCGAGAAAGAGGUGGCUGCUCAAACAGAUCAGGACAAGUUAGAGCUUUUUGCCGAGUUCAUCGUCGCUGAGUCAAGGCUGCGGCGAGACCGCUAUUCCGCUGCUUUUGAUUCUAUGGCGGGCGAUAUUCUAGAACUGACGAGAGACUUGUGGCGGUCACAUUCCAGCACCGGGCGAAGAUCGACUACACCAGGUGGUCAAGGUGCUUCUGCUGACCCGAGUGGCAGAAGAUCCCAGGCCUCUACUACUGGGGGGUCUCCCGAUACCCGGUUCUCCAACUCCGUUCCCACUACCGCUGCCAGCCCUGCGUCUUCUGUAGCCAAUUUUACCCCUCAUACAGAGCCGGCCUCGCCUUCUAGCGCGACAAGUCAGAGGCCACGGGAUGCGACUUGGAACAACUACCAGCCUGUCCUUUCACCCAUUCCCAGCAUGGCCAUGAGCACAGUACCGGAUGAAGAAGACUCGCGUGGUCGGUCGGCAAGUCGUUGGUGGGAAGCUAGCAAUGAUGGUGGAUCUUCUGGUAUCGGCAGCAGAAGGUUAGAACGGAGUAAGCGAGAGUCCAAGUACAUGGGCUUGCCGAAGGAAGCCCGCGAGAGCUUGCAAUGGGCGGGAGACGCGUCACCAGGAUCCCGUGCUGGAUCGAGCACCCAGCCAGCAUAUGGCCCUGAUGAAUACCCCGCGGAGAAGGUCGGGCUUCACGAGGAAACGCCAACAAAGCAACCACAAGCCUAUUAUCCUAGCUCUGCCAGCACGACAUCGGACCCGCGCAAAUUAGACGUUUCCAGGCUUGUGACCCUACCACCUGCUUACCCGCGGCAUUACCCCGCUGUGAACAACAACCAUCCCGACCUGGCUUCAAUACGUAGCAACCUACGUAACUUGUCGGACCUAGAGGAAGUCAAGACGACAAAGGAUCGAUUCCAUGCGAAGACGAAUACAAGGAAAGAGCAAGAAAGCACAUGCUUGUCAGAUCGCAGGGCGCAGCUCCGCUUCAAUAUACAGGACAAUGUACGAAAUGGUGUCAUGUCUUACGCAGAUGCCGCGAAGGCGGAUGCAGACUUUGAGACUCGCGAACAGCAACGGGCGCAGGAACUUGUCCAAAACAUCUUCGAUACUUUCCAAACGGAGGUCGCCAACCCUCUACACGCCCUGUUUUGUGAACGCAUCACGAAGAUCUCUGCUUCGAUUGAGCACCUCAAGGGGCGUCUCUGCCAGGAUGCGCAGGAGCUCAACCCCAAUCAGACACAAGAGGAGGGUGAUGAGCAGCCGGAGUUAUUGGAGAUGCUGACUCUACUGAAGUGGCUAUUCGAAGCCCGCGAACAGCUACACAAAGAGAUGUUCGAGCUGGAGGACGAACGCAACGACCUGUACAAAGACAUUAUUGUCUUGCCCUACGUCCAGACAAAGAACGACCAAAAGGUCAAAGAAGCUAUCGCUUUCUUCCGCCGCGACGCUCAAGACAGGAAGGUCACAUGGGAGAAGGAGAUCCUAAAGCGAUACGAGGACUUCAUGAACGUCAUCGAGCAAAACGUCAGCCGGGGCGUGGAGGCACAGCUGUCGGCAUUCUGGGACAUUGCGCCUGGUCUGCUCACCGUUGUGCAAAAAGUACCUCAACAGCUGCGUGGCUUCGACGUAUUGAUUCCGCCGCAAGAGUAUGAGGAGAACCCGUCCUACCACGACUUUCCGAUGCAGUACCUUUACACCCUUCUUGCGCAUGCAGGACGCUCGGCAUACCAGUUCAUCGAAUCGCAGACAAACUUACUCUGCCUCCUGCAUGAAGUCAAGACUGGCGUUAUGACUGCUGGUUCACGACUGCUAGAGACCCAACGGAUCCUCGAGGGCGAAGACAUGGAGAGCGUUGAUCACGAAAUGAAGGCUAUCAGGCAGGAUGAAGAGCGGAGGCUGACCGACGAUCUCAAAGAAAAGGUCGGUCUCGUAGAGUGCCAGUGGGAUGAAGCGCUCGGCAACGGACUGUAUGAGUGCAAGACGAGGGUGGAGAAGUUCCUGGUGGAGCAGGGUGGAUGGGACGACAGCCUGAAGGAAUGA